GUUGAAGAGCAAUUGAAUAAGGUGUAUUCGUAGGUAUAAUCCCCCUUAAAAUGGAAGGGAGAAACAGAUAGAUUGAAGUUCAAAAGCCUUCUUGGAAGGCAAACUUCCGAAAAUAGGUUAAUUAUAUGAUUUUUCCACCUUAAUUUCCUAACCCCAUCCUAAGUGAUUUCCCAACAAUUUCUCUUAAAUUUCCUAAUUCCAUUCUAAGACGUAUACGGCAAUGGUUGAUGACUUCUUGCAAGUGAUGUGAGAGACACCAAGCUUGAAAUGUCAAAGUGGACCAGUUUGCAAGUGAUGACUGAUCACUGAUGCAGAGCCACCUUCAGCUCAAAGCUGUUGCACCCAACUUUACUCCCAUCCCAUGGGUCCCCAAAUUAAAUUUGAUUUUAAUGGGUUGGAAUUUUAAUCAAUGUCCAACUUCAUAAGAAAUUUAAAUUUAAUGACGAUUAAACUUUUAUUUUUCUCAAUUUUUUUUACAGGAAUUUCACCCAAUUUUUAGUAAAUAAUAAGAAAAUAUAUAUAUUUCAACAUUUUUUUCCCAAUAUAAAAUUACAAUGGCUCUUCACCACCACCAGUACAAAUGUUACGGAAAAUAGCUAGAAGAAUUGUUUAUGCAGAAUAAACUUCUCUCUGCUGUCCUCCCAUGACUACAGAAACGCUCAUCUUUCUUUUCCUGCUUUUCUCCCAAACUUGCAAUGGAAGGGAUACAAGUCUCUGUGCCCCUUCUUCAUGUGGCAAUAUCCACAACAUUAGUUACCCUUUCCGAUUACAAACUGAUCCAAACAAUUGCGGAGACCAUAGAUUUGAGCUUUCUUGUGAAAAUAAUUUCACGGUGUUAAAUCUAUUCCGAGGAAGAUACUAUGUUCAUUCCAUUAAUUACGAUAACUUCACAAUCCGACUGGCGGAUGCCGGCGUCCAUCAAGAUGAUUGCUCCUCCUUUCCUCGUUUUCCUUUACCAAUUGAUUAUUAUUAUUAUGAUUAUGGGAUUGUUCCAUAUUCCAAUUAUAAAUACCAAUGGACAAAGUCAGAAGAAGACAAAUGGGCUAAGUUGGGAGAACCUCCCAUGUUAUCGCAGAUGAUUAUUUUCAUCAAGUGCCCAAAUCCAGUGUACUCUCCCCUUUACGUGGACACCGCUCCUUGCGUUUUACGUGGAUUCAAUUCGACUGUAUCUGCUUUGAAGAGGCACUACUCUUAUGUAAAUAUAGGAGACAUGAAGUUAUCUGAUUUGAAGGAGUUGUGCAGAGUGGAGAUAAUGAGUUUGUUUCCUGUUACGACAAAGAAGAAUAUGUCCUGGUUUGAAAUUCACAGGGAACUUGCAUUUGGGUUUCAGCUUUCCUGGCACAACAUCUUCAAAUGUGAAAAGUGUGAUGAUAAUAGGUGCUAUCUGGACAGCAGAAACAGUGUUCGAUGCAUGCAGCCGCCGGGUGAAGCAGUUGGAAUCAUCUACAUGAUAGGAGGGUAUUUGGCAGGCAUCUCUAUUUAUGGCGGAAUGCUUCUUGCUGCAAGAUGCUUAUGUGGGACUCCAUGUGUGAUGGCAUUUAUCAUUUAUAAAUGGCGAAGGAGACAUUUAUCAGGAUACAAUACCAUUGAAGAAUUCCUUCAGAGUCACAAUAACCUCAUGCCAAUAAGAUAUUCUUAUUCAGACAUUAAAAAGAUAACAGGAGGUUUCAAGGAAAAGUUGGGAGAAGGAGGCUUUGGUUCUGUGUAUAAAGGAAAGCUUCGUAGUGGUCAAUUUGCUGCAGUAAAGAUAUUAAAUAAACCCAAAGAUGAUGGACAAGAUUUUAUCAAUGAAGUCGCCACAAUUGGGAAGAUUCACCAUGUUAAUGUGGUACAAUUGAUUGGUUUUUGUGCUGAGAGAUCAAAGCAAGCUCUUAUAUAUGAAUUCAUGUCUAAAGGAUCUCUUAAUAAUUAUAUUGAUUGUCAUAAAGGAUCCGUUUCCUUAAGUUGGGAAAAACUAUAUAAGAUAUCACUUGGAGUUGCUCAUGGCAUUGAAUAUCUACAUCUAGGUUGUGACAUGCAAAUCCUUCAUUUUGACAUCAAGCCUCACAAUAUUCUUCUUGAUGAAAAUUUCACUCCAAAGAUCUCUGAUUUUGGCCUUGCUAAAUUUUAUCCAACUAAGGGAAGCAUUGCAUCUCUUACAGCUAAAAGGGGAACAUUAGGAUAUAUGGCACCAGAGAUAUUCUACAAAAACAUUGGACGUGUCUCACAUAAGGCAGAUGUGUAUAGUUUUGGACAGUUGGUGUUAGAAGUUGCAGAUAGAGGGAAGAAAGUAAAUGGAUUUGCUGAAAGUUUAAGUGAAGUUUAUAGUCCAUUUCGGGUUUAUGACCAACUUUCUAGUGGAAAUUUACCAAUAGAAGAGACAGCGGAAGAGGAAAAUAUAAAAGCUCGGAAAAUGAUUAUAACAGGAUUAUGGUGCGUACAGUUUCAGCCUUCUGAUCGUCCAGCAAUGAACAAAGUUGUAGAGAUGCUUGAAGGAGAUAUUGAAAGCCUACAAAUGCCUCCUAGGCCUGUUCUAUUUCCUGCAGAUUCAGUGACUACAGAAUCGAAUAGCCUGGCUGAAAAUCCAAGUCAAGGGACCUUCGAAAAUAUUCUGCUCAGUGUGACGGGGGAAGGCUAACAUACCACUCAUUAAAAGAGCAGUCUUCCAUUUCAAAUGAUGGAACAAUAAUCUUCUUCCUCUUGUAUCCUUUAAAAUUGCUCUAAACACUAGAGUUAAUUGAUGAAUUGAUGAUAGUUUGUAAUAAUUCUAUGUUUAAAUUGCAAGUGAUCGCUACUUAUAUUUGCAUCA